AUGACAAUAUAUUUUGUGCAAACUGAAGAGAAUACAACAGCAAUUUUAAACAAAUUUGAACAAUCAACUGAUUAUCCAACAGAACAUGUAUCCGAGAAGCAUGAGGAUAAAUUAUUGCCAAUAGUCCAACAUUUUAAUAAUUACACAAAAAUGGCUGUUUCAAUAGCACAAAAUAUAUAUGUCUUUGAUAAUCAAGAAGAACAAUUCUUUCAAAAAUUCGAUUCUAGUUAUAUCAUACCAGUUUUUGGUCAACCCUUUAAAAAAAUCGAUAAUUUAAUGAUAUAUAAUGAUGUUGCCGGUGCGCUGUCUAUUUUCGAUCAAUCAAAAAACAUUUUGGAAUAUAAUAUUAGUUUUAAGCCAUCAAAUAUUUAUGUAUCACCUUAUGUAGAAAACGUAUGGAUAGCAAGCGAUGUGUCAAGUGAAGCUUUUACGUUAUACAUUAGUGAGAAUGGUGGUGGUGAAUGGAAAAAGUUGGAAGAUGGAACAAAAUUUUUAGCCUGGUCAACAAAUAAUAGUAUCUAUAUUUCUAAAUUACAUCAAAUGCAACGCAUUGAUAUAUCAACUCUUGAGCAAAUUCAGAAUCCAGUAUACGAACAUUUAGCUUCAUCGAAUUUUUUAACAAAAUAUUUCAUCGGAACAGAUAUCAACUUUCAUUGUGCAACAGAAGAUAUUCGCACAAAUGAUCUGAUAUUAUUUUUGAAAUCGUCAAUAAAUGAUACUACGUGUAUGCUAUAUGAACUGAAUAAACGUAAACCAUUAUUAACGCAUAUUAUUUGUCAUGAAACAAGCAAAAUAAUUUGUUCAGAAAACGAAUUAUCAUUCUUUUAUCAAGUAAAAGGUUUACAAGGUGUUUAUAUUACAAAUGUGCAUAAUGAGAAUCACAAACAACGUUCAACUGUGAUAACAUUUGAUCAUGGAUCUAGUUGGCUGAAUAUAACAUUUGUUAACAACUUAUGCAAUUCAGGAUCAAAAGAAACACAUUCUUAUGAUAUUGCAGAUGGCGGACUGUUAAUGUCAACGGCUAACAAGGAUUUUAUUUUCUAUUCUACGGAUUAUGGACUGAACUGGAAUGAGAAACAUUAUCCAAAUGGUCCUGCGAGAUGGUUUAAAAGUGUCGAUAAUGGUAUUACAUCAUUUUUUACUAUAUCUGGAUAUGAAUUGGAGGAUAAUUCAACCAUAACACUGUCUCGACUAGAUUUUAAUCAUGUAAUAAAUAGAACGUGUUUGUUAAGUGAUUAUAAGGAGUGGACACCUCGUCAUGCAAGAUGUUUGAAUGGUUUAAGAACAUUCUAUAAACGUCGUUCUGAUCAAGCGAUUUGUUCAGAAACGGAUGGGCGUCAGUUUUUACAAAUUCGUUAUGAACCAUGCUCAUGCGAAUUGGAAGACUUUCAAUGUGAUAAAAGCUUUAAACGUACUAGGGAUUCGUUAUGCGUUUUUAAACCAAGAUCAGAUAUUAGCCCUCCAUCUGCUCAACAUUCUAAUUGUCAACUUGCAUCAACAUGGAUAAGACGAAGAGGUUAUACAAAAUUGUCUGAUAAUCUAUGUGAGAGAGGUGUAAUGGAUCAUCUGCACGAUGUUGAGCUUCCAUGUCGUGAUCUCACGGAACCAAAAUAUUUAAUAUAUGGGCUUGAUGCAAAUGAUAAACCAGUGAUUCGUCUUUAUUACGAGUUUGACGAGGAAUGGGAAGACGAAGAGGAUACUUCGAAACUGUGGCAUAUUGAUACAAACGGAAAUAUAACUGCAAUUACCUACAAUGAUCGUACUAACUAUGCGUAUAUUGCCGUUGAGGUUGAACAAAAAUCUUUGGUGUACAGUGUGAUGAAAGAUUUUUCACCAAAGGUAUUACAACAACAUAUUUUACUUGAAUCAAAUCCUGCUUUGUACAGCGGAUCCGAUGAAAUAAUUGAAUAUUUAUCGAUUGAUUGGAUAACAAAUAACUUAUAUCUUUUAAUUCGGAAUAAAUCAACAAAUUUGUUGUAUAUUAAACUAUUAAAUAAUUUAACAUUAAAAGAACGAAUUAUUUCGUCUAAUAUUGAAACAAAUAUUUUCAUUAUUAUUGCAGACCCUGUUAAACAUUAUUUAUACUGGAUUAAAUUUAAUAAUGAAACGGGUGUUUCAUCGCUAAUUAUCAGCGAUCUUAGUGGCACCAUUCAAAAGGAAAUUUAUUUGUUAAAUUCGACAAUAUCAUUUCUUACUUAUGAUGUUUACACACACGAUCUGUUUUACGUUACAAACUCAAGUGUGUAUGCUUAUAAUACACUAUUACUUGAUAAAACAUCACCAAGAUUCAUUUAUACUAUUCCACAACAAGAUACUGUCGCUAAAAUUUUAUUAUUUAAUAAUGAUUUAAUUUAUGCUGAAGAAUCUCAACCUGUAACACAUUCAAAUGAAUGUGCUAAAUCUCCUUGUUCCGAACUUUGUAUUCCAUUUGAGCACAAUCAGUUUGAGUGUAUUUGUGGGAAAGAAAGUAGUACAUCCAAAUCGUGUAUUUGCCCUUCCGAUGAACAAACAUUCAAUGGAGUCUGUCGGACAAUCAAUGGUAAGUGUGCUCACGGUCGUCAAUUAUGUCAAGAUGGUGUCCAUUGUGCUCGUAAUGCAUUUAUCUGCGAAGAAAAGUUUACUCAAUAUACAGAAGAAUUUAAAAAUAGCUCACAGUGUACCAUCAACAGUUUGAACGAUGGUUUCGAUUGUUAUUAUGAAAAAAAAUGUAUUCCAAAACAAUGGUUUUGCGACGGACAAAAAGACUGUCAAUACGGUAAUGAUGAAGAUCAUUGUCAUAAAAUCACAACGACAAGAAUCAGUACAACGACUACCACCGCUAUCAAACGAUUUACGACAAUAAAUAAAAAAUCAACAAAAUGUGCAACAGAUCAAAGAUAUGUGUUAUGUGGUGUAAGUUGUAUUAAAGUUGACAUAUUAUGUGUUAAUUCAUCGACUCAGAGCACAUGUAACGAAACAUUUCAAAUGAAUUGCGUACAAAAAUCGAACGACAGUCAGUUUGUUUGCAAAUGUACAGAUCAACAGGGCCAGUGUCUUUUAAUGAAAGAAAGAUGUACAAAUUUUACAAAUUGUCAAGAAAUAUGUAAAAAAUUAGUUCUCUUACAGGAAAAAGCCGAUUCUAAAGUAACAAAUAAUUCCUCAUCCACUACAUGGAUUUUACUAUUGAUUGGUAUAAUCGCUUUGGCAGUCAUAGCAAUUAUUGUUCUUUCUUUAAAUUAUCAUCGUCGAAAUAAGAAAAAAUCUCAAGGGUUAAAAAAUCAUUCAAACUCACCCUCAUCACAAACAGAUGGAGAACAUCCUAAAGCUGAUAUGAGAUUAUUAUCAAAUCCAAUGGAUAGUGAUGCAUAA